AUGUCUCGUUCCUUGUUGCGUCCCUCCAAAGCGAGGCGCAAGCUUGUGAAGCGCAAGUAUUCCAAGAUCAGCCAUGCUGAGGUUGAGCCUGCUUGUCCUGCCCACGACACCCAUCAAACAGCCAGACCUGAUGGCCAUGUGCAGGAGUGGUCCCGCCCUGGUUCCCCUUCGCUCUCCAGUGCUCCUGACGCAAAGCUGCUCCCUAAAGUAGAGAUAGACUCGCUCCAGACAAGGUUGAAGGAGUCGGUCAAGGACUGGAUCGUGGAGGUCAAAUCGAGAGUGAGGUACGAGAUCGCGAUGUAUAGGUUAAACAAGGUAUUGGGUCCCGAGUUCGACUAUUAG